UUUAUACUUCGACAAGCAGUUUGCCCCAUAUACGAGACGCAAAAAGUUUAUUUCAAAGUUGCGAAAUCAAUCUAUCGAGUGAAUAUGAUGUGGCCGAAAAAGUGUUCCACCUACUUGGUGAUAUGUCUGGUUCUGCUUGCUUGCUUCAUGCAGGAAACUGAAGCCACACGACGUGUUAAUCGCGGUCGCCGCACACUUACUCGCAACUACUUUACUGGACUUGCCAUACCCGGUUGGGCUGUGGUCACCUGUGUGGCUAUUGCAGAGCUGCUUUUGGGUGCUGCCCUCUACUUUAUUAUGUACAAGUUCAUCUUGGACAAGGACCCCGAUACAGCAACAACUUAUACUCCAGCAGCUACACAUGAUCCCACACCCAGUGUGCAACACACAAUUACACCAGUGCAACCAGCACAGACAGUGCAUCAGGUGCAACCUGUGCAGCCAUCGCAUGCCACAGAAAUUGCCUAAGUAGAAGGUUAAGCGGAAGCAGAACUUGUCAUUGAGCAGUUAACAUUUCCAACGAAAAUUCCGAUACAUAUACAUAUAUUAAUAGUUAUAUAAUUCCAUUAGGCCAGCGCAGAACGUAAAUUCAUUCCGUUUUUUUAUCAAUCAAUCGAAUAAAAUCUUUAUUUGUUACAAACAAAA